CAGGAAGUGACGUCAGGGGUUCAGAGUUGACAACCAUGGUUGAAUAAAUGCUUUCAUAACAACAUUGAUAGCGGUGCGCUUGGUCUGUCUUUGUAGAUAUUAGGAGGGAAAUCAUGUUUAUUAUUUCGGUAAGGACAGCGUUGUUAAAUGGAUGCAGACGAGCCGGAGGAGGAACUCAGUACAGUAAUUUACGACAGUGUCUGGCGAGAAGGGGUCGUAGUACCAUCGCUGCCGAAGCAGGCACUUCAUCCAUCCCAUCAGCAGCCGCAGCCAGUGUCCCCAAUGCAGCGACAAACAGGAUAGUAGGUCGCUGGUUACUUGGAUGCAGUGGGCUUGUUGUUGGUGCUGUUGUUCUUGGUGGCGUCACAAGACUAACAGAAUCAGGCCUCUCCAUGGUUGACUGGCAUCUGGUGCGAGAGAUGAAGCCCCCUCAAUCGCAGGCAGAGUGGGAGGCUGAGUUUUCAAAGUACCAGCAGUUUCCAGAAUUCAAAAUAAUGAACCACAGCAUGACUCUGCCUGAGUUUAAGUUCAUCUUCUACAUGGAGUGGGGUCAUCGUAUGUGGGGCAGGCUGGUGGGACUGGCUUACAUUCUCCCUACCGUGUACUUCUGGAAGAAAGGCUACUUCACGCGCUCCAUGAAGGGAAAAGUGUUGGGGCUUUGCGGAUUUGUGUUCUUUCAGGGCCUAUUGGGUUGGUACAUGGUCAAAAGUGGUCUGGAGGAGAAGCCAGAGUCGCAUGACAUUCCUCGCGUCAGCCAGUAUCGACUAAGUGCUCACCUUGGUUCUGCCUUGCUCCUUUACUGUGCAAGCCUGUGGACUGGCCUUACAUUACUGCUGCCCACUUACAAGUUGGUGGAAACUAAACGCCUCAUGCAGCUUCGGAGGUUCGCCAAGGGAACAGGUGGACUCGUCUUCCUCACAGCUCUUUCAGGUGCUUUUGUGGCCGGUUUGGAUGCUGGUCUAGUUUAUAACUCCUUCCCUAAGAUGGGAGAACGCUGGAUCCCUGAUGACCUGCUGGCCUUUUCUCCCACCCUCAAGAACUUCUUUGAGAAUCCAACGACGGUGCAGUUUGACCACAGGAUCUUAGCAGUCUCCUCUUUGACAGCCAUCACUGGGCUGUAUCUGUUCUCCAGAAGGAUGGUACUACCAAGAAGAGCUAAGAUAGCCAUCAGCCUACUCACCGCAAUGGCAUACGGACAGGUUGCCCUGGGAAUCAGCACUCUCUUAUUGUAUGUGCCCACACCACUGGCAGCAACUCACCAAUCUGGAUCUGUGGCGCUGCUCUCAUUGGCCAUUUGGGUUCUGGCCGAGCUUCGUAAGAUGCCCAAAUAGUGAUGGGUACGUCAUCCUGGAUAAGACACUUAUAUAACCUGAGAAAGUCAUCGGUUUAUUUGAAAAUAAAGCCAUCAAGUAAACAGUCACCUGGAACGUCGAUGCACACAAUCUUCACUAUUUCUUCCAACAGUGGACUUUGCUAAAAUAUAUAAAAAAAAACAUUUCUGUUUAUGAACCCGACACCGACAUGCAAUUAAAUGUAGAGUAGUAGUUGGGAACUAUUGUAUAAAAUGUAUAUUUAAAUCAUGAACCACUUUGUGCUGACAAUAUGGUGAAAAAGUUAUGGAUAUUUGUAUCUUUCUUCUUGUGUGCUUUCAAUAAAUUGUACAGUCUAAAAUAACGAGUCCAGGUUGCAUAGUAACUGAAUUUUAUUUUCUGUACAAAAUAUACAUAUUUAGAAUAACUAUUUAGAGGCUCGCUAACGAAAGUGGGUACAACAGGUUAGUAGAUUUCAUUAUUCUAGACAACAUACAGUACAUGCGGAAGAUGGGCAAGUUUGACUUGUGAGCGGUGAUUAAUGGUAAAGGACCAAUCAGUCAAACCACUGAUGGUGGGGGAAAAAAGUGCUAAAAUGAAUGUUAACAUUUUUGAAGUGCAAAAACGGAACUCACCAUCCCUCACAGAAAAGUUAUUAUUGCUGUCUCUGUUGUCUUCCAUGCACUUGGAUGUAUUGUACUUUGGAUUUGUGAAUAAGCAGGUUGUAAAAUAAUGUAAAAGUUACCAGGUAGAAUAUUUUUCCUCUUACGAGGUCUCUUAUUGGCCUUCAGGUUACAUGAGGUCUUUAUUCCUACACGGAUGUCAUGGAUUUUUUCCCUUGGUGUUCCAAAUAAUAAUAGCAAGAUGGAGAGGGGUUGUUUUUGGUGUUAAAAAUAAAAAUAAGUUGAGGUGUUUCUCUUGUGCACUAGACAGACAUGUUUUUUUUUUCUCCCCCAAAUUUACAAUGUGGCCUAAUUUGGGGGGAGUUUUCAAAGUGUGGGGCAGUGAAUUUCAUCUAAUUUGCCUCAAGCCAAAGCAGGAUUGCGAUAUACAGUGGAACCUCCAUUGAAAAAGUCACUUUAUUCACCCUGUGAAUGAAAUUUAGUACUGUGUUUGUUGCAAUAUGAAACUACCAUCAUAACUGGAGGCAAAAUUUUUACUCACAUUUUAACAUUCUUAACUGUCAUCCACAUCUGAACCGGAACAAAAAGUACUCCCUGUCUGUAGAUGCCUUACAGAUAUACAGAGAGGAAAAUGGAGGCAGUGAUACCGUUACAGGUAGUCCCCGGGUUACGAUGGAGCCGACAUAUGCGAUUUUGACUUUACGACGCCUGAGUCUCGUCGGUUUUCUUUUUAAUGUUUACUUUUGUUUUGUGAUGCAUGCUUUUAUUUUGGCGCAAGAAGCACGCGCAUGUACAGACCACCCGUGCACGCACACACGCGCAAUGAGCAGCCGAGUGACAGAGGUGACAGCCUGCGCGCACAUUUUUUGCUUGUUAAGCAUCCAGAGGCAACUGCUGUAUAUAACCCGUUUUGUACUGUUUAUUGUGCGCUUUCAUUUGUGGUCGAAUUCUUGGGGCGAGUUUAUGGGAUUGUUUUUGGAAUGAGCGGACGCUAACUGAUACAUGCUAAUAGUUUUUAUUGCUGUAUCAGCAGCUACUUGUGAACGCAAAUUUCAAUUGCUGUUAUUCAGGAUGAGACUGAUUUAAUUACAUUUU